AUAGGGCAAUUGAUAAAGAACUACAAAACAAUUUUUGGUCCUGUGGAUUAGAUCCAAAAUUAAAAACAUAUGAAACUGAUUAUGAUAAAGAGACAAGACAAUUAAUGACACGCUAUGCUAUUAAUGAUGUAUUCGCGCCCACUUGUCUUUAUUUUCUUUUAGAAAAGAAACAUUGUUUAUUUGAAUCUCCAACAUCUGAAUUAACAUUAACAUCAACAUCAUUACCAUCAUCAUCUACAUUAACAUCAACAAUACCAGUCAAUAUGAAACAACAAAUAUUAAUAUAUGCUGAUAGUCACGCAAAAAAUAUCGCUAAACAUCAGCCAUCCUCAGCAUCAUCCAAUUUUGAAUUAACUGUUGAUUGGCUAUCAGGCAGAAGAUGGCUUGAUACAUAUACGCCACAUUUGUCAGCAAUUGACAGUAUUGUCACACCAGCUACAUCAUCAAGUCUAUCAUCAAUAUCAUCAUUAAUUUUGCUCAUUGCCACAAAUUCUCUUCGUAAUGUACCAUAUCAGCAUGUUAUAUUACAAGUGCAAAAUAUUAUUACAAUCAUACGACAGAAAUUUCCACACAUUACAUCAAUUGCCGUUGUUACUUGUCUACCGUCAACAAAAGUCACACAUCGUUUACCAACCGUCGACAAUUUAAAUGCAAAUAUUACCAAUUAUAAUAAACAAUUGAAAGAAUUAGCCGGAUCAUACAAUAUACAUGUAAUUGAACCAUUAAUUACAACGGAUGAUCUUUUUGAUGGACUACAUAUAGAUAAUGCAAAGCAACAUCUCUUAUUUGAUCCAAUUUUUCAAUAUUGUACAUCACUGGCUAAUCCAUCAGAUACCGAACGAUCACAAUUACAACAACGCGACACACAUCAUCAACAAAUGGAAGUAUCUAACGUUAAUGACGCACAGAAUGAAUCCACAACGCUCAACAAUGCCGCAACAUUACCUGCUACAACUUCUACUUCCACAAUAUCUCCACUUUCAGUUGUUAAUGAUCAACAAGAAGCUCAACAACCAAAAAUUAAAACAAAGCCUAUUCGCACGCCAUCAGAAAAUAAUGCUAGAAAUAAAAUAAGACAUAAAAAACUAAAACAAAAAUUGAUGACCAAUACAAUAACACGACCAAUUUGUAAACAUUGGCCAAUGACUUUGAUUAAACAAGUGUUACACCAUCAUCUGAUACCAUGUGAAAAAACACCAUAUCCACAGAAUGGUAAAUUACUAUUGAGAUUCAAAACAGUAGAACAAGCCAAAAUAGCAAAUGUUGAUUUACCACAAGAGGUAUUCAAUGAAGAACAAUUACAAUACUGGUCCCACAAACAAACAGAACAAUAA